AUGAGUGCUGCACCCGGUGUCACGGCCACGCCAGAUGCCGCCGCUGGAAUCAUCGGAACCACAGCACCUACUGGAACGCAAGAUAUGACCACGGGAGCCCUACGCCCACCCGACGAGCACGACGUAGCCGUUGAGAUGCUUUCGAAGCAUUUCGCCGCCCCUUGCAACGUCCGCCUUCAACGCCAUCGAUUCCGGGAGCGUCGUCAACUGCAGGGUGAGCCCAUCACUGAUUUCGCCGUAGCGCUUCGGGAGUUAGCAGCUCUUUGCAAUUUCGCCACUCAAGCGGACGAAAACCUGCGUGAACAGUUCGUAGCAGGCGUCACGUGCCAGCGGCUACGAGAGCGAUUGCUGCUGGAGGGCGAUAACCUUACGUUCGAUCAUGCUGUCGAGGUAGCACGGCUUCGUGAGCAAACCCAGCGUGAAUCCGAAGCCUUUGCCAAUCCUGUGCAGCGCAUUCAGCAGCAGUUGCGAGACAGCUCAGCCAGGCAUGAUCGACGAGAUAACGGCGAUAAUGGCACACGCCUCCCGGGCCGUCGCCACUUCAGCUGCUCACGCGUGUACAGCGCACCUUCACCUAAUAUGAAUGCCGCCGCCGCUGCUGUCCCCGGGCCUAGAAAUGUAAAUGCCUGCGAAAACUGCGGCGCAGCACGGUGUUCGCCUAUGGAAUGUCCCGCGCGCGGUCGCACUUGUUUUGCCUGCGGACGCCGCGGCCGUUUUAAGAGAGCAUGUCGCAGCUACCGUCGCGGCCAAGAAGGGUAUUCUGCAGAGGUCCAGGAAAUCGUUCCGGAAGAGGAUGCUACCAGUGUCAUUAGCAUCUUGGCGGUCCGUACUGAUAAGAGCACAGGCGUCUACGUGGGUGUCAAUGUCGCGUCAGUUACCGCGACGACACGGGUGCAUACCAUGAACUUUUUGGUGGACACAGGCUCGGCCGUGUCUAUUAAGGGUGAGCACCAAUUCCAAGGCUUGUUCGCAAACGCAGUACAACUCACAAGUUCCCAUCUUACAUUGCUGGAUUUUUCGCGCAGGAAGAUUCCCGUUCUCGGGUCAUUUCACGCCAUAGUCACAUACAAGGGGAAAGAAGCCAUUGUAACUUUUCAUGUUAUGCCAUGUGGUACAUCUCUCCUUGGCCUGGAUGCUGUUCAAGCCCUUGGCCUUCGCAUCAUGGGAGAGGAGUUGCGCUGCCUGCAAAUGUCCACGCAGGAAUGCCGAGAGCUUCCAGCAAUGAGUUCAGGCCUUCCCCAAAGCCCCAGGCAUGAAAAACCCCUUGGUCCUCCCAAGUUUGGAAUGCCGCCAACACUGUGGACCAAGUUUGGCCACUUAUUUUUGCCUGGCCUGGGAAGAGGUGUGCAACACAAAGUUAAGAUGAAAACUUCCAUCACACCAGUCGCACAGAAGCUGAGACCCCUACCAUUUUCAGUCCGCCAGCCAGUCUUUGACGAGAUUGAGAAGCUACUUGCUGCUGAUGUCAUUGAGAGAGUCAAUGCUUCCGAGUGGGUAUCUCCUAUUGUAGCAGCCCGCAAAGCAGAUGGUAGCAUUCGACUGUGUGUCGAUAUCCACGAACCCAACAAAGCUAUAGUAGCAGACAACUUUCCUUUACCUCAUAUGGAGGAGCUGCUUCAUGCCCUCAGUGGAGCCCGCUGCUUUUCCAAGGUGGACCUGGCAUCAGCCUACUACCAGGUUGUGCUGCACUCAGACAGCAGGGACAUAACUUCAUUUAUAACUCACGAUGGCCUCUUUAGAUUCAAGAGGGUCUGCUUCGGGUUGGCAUCGGCACCAGCUGCGUUUCAGCAGAUCAUGACGAAAAUUCUUGGAGGUUGCAAAGGGGUGUUAUGCUACUUGGAUGACAUAAUCAUUUUUGGCAAGAUGGAGAGCGAACACAGGCAAAACCUGGAGCAAGUGCUGGAACGAAUAGCAGAAGCUGGGCUUAAGCUCAACGAAAAAUGCGUCUUCAACACGUCGGAGCUGUCGUUCUUAGGACAUCGCGUCAGCGCAGAGGGUAUAGCACCGCUCCAGACCAAGAUUGAUGCAAUCAUCAAUGCUCCUGCGCCUAGAAAUGCAGCCACGCUACGCUCCUUUUUGGGGCUAGUUGAAUACUAUUCCAAAUUCGUGCCGCGACUGGCAAAGCAAGUAAUGCCAAUGCGUCGUCUACUUCGCAAAGACGUGCACUUCGACUGA